AUGCUUCCUCGCAAGCGGCGAAAGACUGCGGCCCAUGAUACUCCAACAGCCAUAACUUCUUUUCCUCAACAAGCACCACUUUUAUUCUCAAACUAUUUCCAAUUGGCACUUCAUGUUCUUGGCAUUGCAACUCUGGCCAUCGUGAUUGUACUCGUGUUCUAUACAGCUCAAAGCGAGAUUGACGCCCGAUUAGCACAGCACUUGGAAGCUUUGGAAGAGGAAAAACUACAAUGCUCCCAGCAAUAUCAUCGAAACAAGUGUCAUCUUUAUACCCAAUCCUCCCUUUUUGGUGAACUUUGUGAACAAUGGCAAUCAUGCAUGAAUAGGGGAAAGGGAUCUAUUGCAAGGUCAAAAAUCAUCAUGGCCACCUAUGGAGAAGUAGUCAAUGCCUUGGUUGAACCAUUGACGGUCAAGACAAUGGCAGCGAUCUGCGUUAUAUUAUUCAGCACGUUGCUAGGCAUAGCACUUGUUAAUUAG